CCAACGUAAUCUGUGACCUGGGAUUUUGAUAAUUGCAACUCCUGAGUGCCCUUUGCCAAGUCAGAGACCAUUAAGAUAAACAACUCAAAAGCAAUUUUCACCAUAGUUUUUCAUGACAUUAAUCAUAUUAUUUAUACAGGGUAGUUGCUCCUUCUCCAUCGCCAUAGUCACGACAAAACAAAAACGUCCUUCUCAUAUCUAUUUACAUCAACUUUGAAAAUUAGCUCAAACAGUUAAACCAUGUAAUUAAAAGCUUCAAAACACUAAUCUUCAUUAAUAUAAUGGUAAAAUCACUGCCAAAUCGACGUGUAAUGAUGGGCUUCUAGUCACUUAUCUUUUUCCAAAUGGCUUCAUUAUGCCGGCCAUCCCAUGGAAUUGGCAAUGUCAUCCACAAUACAAUACAAUCCUCCAUUUUUUUUUUCUUUUUUCUCAUCAAAUUUCGCCUUUAAAAGUGACAUAAACCUCUUCUUCAAAGCCCCUCUUACACCAUCUCCUUCUUUGUGUCUUUCUACAUGUUAAUUUCUUUUCCCUAUAUCAUAAAUUUCUUUACAUAAUUAGCAUAUAGAAACAUUUGAUAUCCUUCUAUAUGAUGAAAGUGGGGUUUGAAGUGGUUCAUGCAAAUCCAAACAUGAUUCGUACACACAUGCAUGAAACAUGGGAUCACUACUCAAAUAUUAUUACUACUACCUUGCCAUUUUCAGCUCCAACCCCAUCAAGUCCAUAUCCAAAGCCAGCAACAGAAAACCUAAACUUGGGGCAGAAUAAUGAACUCUCUGAUUGGAUGGAGGAGCACAUUAGUGACAUCACUAAGCACCUUGUUGAAGACAUGCCACAAACCACUUCUGAUCAUACCUUGAUGGCUAAUACCCCAACAAGGGUUUCCCUUUCUCAUCACAACCUUGUUAUUCCCUCUCUUUCACCCAGCUUCACUCAAAGAAAACUCUCAUGUUCUAGACCCCAAUUUGACUCCUUCACCAACGACCCUCCAAAUAACAACUUCAAUCACCACCUUCAAACAAACACUUCAAGUUUAGAUCACAUUCAUAACCACAAUGUUUGUGACCAAGGGUUGAACCUCAUAACCCUCCUAAUGGAGUGUGCAGUGGCAAUCUCAGUUGAAAACCUAGGUGAGGCUCAUAGGAUGUUGCUUGAGCUAACACAAGUGGCAUCACCCUACAAACCAUCAUGUGCUGAGCGUGUUGUUGCUUACUUUGCAAAGGCCAUGGCUAGCAGGGUGAUGAACUCAUGGCUUGGUGCGUGUUCCCCUUUGGUUGAUCACAAGAGCAUCAACUCAUCAUUCCAAGUGUUCAACAACGUUUCCCCUUUCAUCAAAUUUUCCCACUUCACUUCCAACCAGGCAAUUCUCGAGGCAGUGAGCCAUUGUGAGUGCAUCCACAUCAUUGACUUGGACAUCAUGCAGGGUCUGCAAUGGCCAGCUUUUUUCCACAUAUUAGCCACCAGAAUGGAGGGUCCACCACAGGUCACAAUGACAGGUAUUGGAGCCUCAAUGGAACUCCUUGUUGAGACAGGAAAACAGCUCUCAAACUUUGCAAGAAGGCUCGGCAUGUCACUCAAGUUCAACCCCAUUGCAAGCAAGUUUGGAGAGGUUGAUGUGUCCAUGUUGCAAGUGAAGCCUGGUGAGGCUGUGGCAGUGCAUUGGUUGCAGCAUUCACUCUACGAUGCAACUGGUCCUGAUUGGAAAACACUGAGGCUCCUUGAGGAGUUGGAGCCAAGAAUCAUCACAUUGGUGGAGCAAGAUGUGAACCAUGGAGGGGCUUUCUUGGAUCGGUUUGUGGCCUCCUUGCACUACUACUCUACACUCUUUGAUUCUCUUGGAGCAUACUUGCACCAUGAUGAUUCUAACAGGCACCGUGUGGAGCAUGGACUUCUCUCUAGAGAGAUCAACAAUGUGUUGGCCAUAGGGGGGCCUAAGCGGAGUGGUGAAGAAAAGUUUAGGCAGUGGAGAAGUGAGCUUGCAAGGCACUGUUUUAUGCAGGUUCCAAUGAGUGCCAAUUCAAUGGCUCAAGCGCAGUUGAUACUGAACAUGUUUUCACCAGCUUAUGGGUAUAGCCUUGCACAAGUUGAUGGCACAUUAAGGCUUGGAUGGAAGGAUACAAGCUUGUACACAGCUUCUGCAUGGACCUGCACUGCUUCUAGAUAGCUAAGCUAGUUAGGUGGCUUAGUUAUGGUUCCUAGCUUUUGGUCUUAAACCAGUUUAAUUGUUCAAACAACUAUAUAGCUGGAGAAUUGAGUUGUAUAUUGAGAAAAUUGAUUGCAACUUUUUAGGGAAUAAAAAACAAUUCUGUAGCCAAUAUAGCCAUAUUCAUGUUCACACGAUUUAUGAUAUGAUUUUCUUAAUAUCUAGUUAGCUUUUAUUGUU